AUGAUUGUAUCAUUCCAUGGUUUCUUUGGCUUCGGCGGUCGAAACCGUCGCUCACCAACCGGCGCCUCAGCGAAGGGAACGCUGAAAAUUAAGCAGUUCCUGAACAAUUACCUUAGAAACGAUCGCACCCUUUUGUGGAGAAAUAUCGAUUCCUGUCCUUUUAUUUUACCAAGCUUAGUUUCGACUUCGACAGGAAUGUGA